AUGAAUAUGCUUUCUCUGAAUGUGAGGGGGAUCGACGAGGAUCAUAAGCAAAGAUGGGUGAGGAGGUUAUGCUCGGAAUAUAGGGUCUCUAUAGCCUGUCUUCAAGAAUCACAACUGGGGUUGUUAUCUUCACUCCAAUUAAAUAUUAGAAAUUGUUGGGCAAACAAUAAUUUUGGUUUCGAAUUAAUUGAAGCAACAGGGAGAUCUGGAGGACUUAUUACAAUCUCGGAUGAUGAGGUAUUUAUAGUAUCUGAUUCGAUUAAAUCAAGGUAUUUUUUUAUUACAUUUGGUCGGUGGGUGGGUAUAAACACUGAGAUAGCCAUAGUAAACGUAUAUGCACCUCAAGCUCCGUCGAAAAAAAGGAGAACAUGGGAGAAGUUGGCUCAGAUUAAAUCUAGUAGAGUGGCGAUAUGGAUCUUUGCAGGAGAUUUUAAUGUUGUUCGUAGAAGAGAUGAGCGGGUAAACUCCAGGUUUUGUCGCAUUUCUGCUGAUGACUUCAACGAUUUCAUAUUCUCCUGUGCUCUACAUGAUCUGAGAAUGGGCGGAUAUAAGUUCACUUAUUUUAGACCAGAAGACGGUGGUAAGUUGAGCAAAUUGGACAGAUUCUUGGUUUGUGAUAACUUCAUGGAGUGUUUCCCGGGUUCAUCGGUAACUGCCCUUGCCAGAGAAUUCUCGGACCAUUGCCCGAUCAUGUUGAAAACUUCUUGUGAGGACUUCGGUCCUAGGCCAUUUAGAUUCUUCAACUCGUGGAUGUUAAAGGCUGGAUUUCAAGAUGUGGUUUCUGAGGCAUGGAGGAAAUUCAGAGGUUAUGGAAACGGUGAUGCUUUCUUGGCGGCGAAAUUGCGUUUCUUAAAGAAGGAAAUUAAGAAGUGA